GUCCAAGCGUCACACGUACCGUGGCUAGGUGCCUAGCUUCUGGUUGAUGCCUUUAAAUAAACCACAAUUUAUUUAAAAGCAUUUCCAUUCUAGUAAGGAAUGAGUAUUAAUUUUAUUUAACGCAAUUAUGAGCUCUGCAAGCAAGGUGGGAGAAAUUUUUACUGCAGCGGGAGCUGCCUUUAACAAGCUUGGCGACUUAACCAUGCAGUUACAUCCAAACGCCGAGUCGCCCGCAGGAAAAUGGACAGACGAAGAAAUUGAGAUGCUUAGAACAGUAGUAAAAACUUUUGCCGAUGGUUUAAAUCAAAUUAGUGAACAUAUCAAAUUACGUACUGUAUCCCAAAUUAGAACCGCUCUAAAGAAAAAGGCAUUCGAAGAUGCGGGAUUACCUGUAAGGCAAAUUAGUGCGGUACAGUCGCAACCUUCACAACCUAGUACAAGUAUGCAACCGCAACAAACACUGGUCAAACAAGAAGUGACACUUAAUAUGUUAAACGCUUCUGAAUCGGAAGUAGAUGUUGAAGGUUUGCAUGAGGAAGUGAAACUAGACUUUGAUUCUGCAAAUGAAGAAGUGACUGCUUAACUUCUUAUUUAAACAAUCUAGGUGUAGUUAUUUAAAUUGUGAUGAGAAUUUAAUUACAAUAAUCUGUACAUAGCGAUUGGUAUAAACUUUAUAUGAACGUAGAUUUUGGUCAACAUACAGCUACUGCGUAGUUGUUCAUGUUUAAUUAUUAUUGACAUUAGAAAUGAAAUGUAGAGUGAAAGAUGAUAUAGGAAUAUUCUUUUAUUUAUUUAUUUCUGUGAAACUAAAUUGUUGAAAAACUAAGCCCCAGCAUGGUAUAUAAUCUUUGGCAGGAUGUAAAGUAAUUGUAAUUUGUACUGUUCUAACAAUUGGAACUCGGUUUCGUAAGAUUGUUCCCAUUUUCUAUUUGCUUUUUGUUUAGGGUCAAUGUGGGAAUCAAAACAUUGCAUAAGUAAAUUGGAUUAUUAAUGCCUAAACCAAUUGACUUGGACCAUUUCAACUAAUAAAAUUUCUUAUUUCUGAUUUAAA